AUGGCUUCAAAUGGAUCAUCUGGAAACAGUGGUGGUAAGACAGAUAGCAGGGACAUAUCUGGUAAUAUGACCCCUGUAGAAGAGUUUGACUCUAUAGACAACCCACCACCAUCUUAUGACGAGACUGAGACGAAAGGUGGUGAACCAGCAGUUUUACCCAUGACUGUUGUAUCAUCCCGUAAUUCAAACCAUGCUGUGAAUAUUAGUGACAAUUACAGAAGGUCAUCUUAUGAUAUUGCCAUGGAAACUAAACAUACUAUUAAGAAUAAAAAUGAUGGUACAGAUGUUAAAGUAAAGAUGGUUGGAUUCCGGCAACUAUUUCGGUUUGCGAACUGCUUUGAUGGUUUAUUGUUAUUCAUUGGUAUGUUAGCAGCAAUGCUUCAUGGAUCAGCUUUUCCACUCAUGGUUAUUGUGUUUGGUGAUAUGACAGAUACAUUUGUAUCAUCAGCAAAAGACUUUAAUUUCACAUCUCUCCUAAAUGUAUCCACAGAAUUUCUUGAGGCUAUGAACCGAAAUACAUUAUAUUUCGUAGCUAUUGGCGCAGGAGUUUUUGUAGCUGCUUACGUUCAGAUUGCUUCAUUGGUAUCCACAUCAGAACAUCAGAGCAAUCGUAUGCGAACCGUGUUUUUUGCCGCUGUUCUGAAACAGGAAAUUGGUUGGUUUGACACUCAUGAAUCCGGUGAGCUUACAACAAGACUAUCAGAUGAUAUCAACAAGAUCAAAGCAGGAAUUGGAGAUAAGAUGGGUUCAUUUGUUCAGUUUAUGACUGCGUUUUUUGCGGGAUUUAUUGUUGGUUUUAUUUAUGGUUGGAAAUUAACACUGGUCAUCCUGGCUGUGAGUCCACUACUUGCAGUAUGUGCUGGUCUUAUGACGAAGAUUCUUUCUUCAAUGACAAGUACUGAGUUGGAUUCCUACGCCAAAGCUGGUGGUGUUGCAGAAGAAAUUUUGUCAGCAAUUAGAACAGUGGCUGCAUUUGGUGGGGAAGAGAAAGAAAGUAGACGAUAUGAUACUAACUUGAUUGCUGCUAAAAAGAUGGGCAUCAAAAAAGGAAUAGUACAAGGUGCUGGAAUGGGUAUUACAUUUCUGUUGGUAUUCAGUACAUAUGCGCUUGGUUUCUGGUAUGGAUCAACAUUAAUACUGGCAGGUGAAUAUACAGUUGGUAAUAUGCUAACAGUGUUCUUUGCAGUUCUCAUUGGUGCUUUUUCCCUUGGGAAUGCCUCGCCUGCCAUUGGUGACAUUGCCAUAGCCAGGGGUGCUGCUGCCGUCAUAUGGGACAUCAUUGAUACGGUUCCAUCAAUUGAUAGCAGUAGCAGUGAUGGUGAAACACCACCUAUAGAGGGCAAUAUACAGUUUGAAGAUGUGCAUUUUCAAUACCCAUCCAGACCGGAUGUCAAAGUCUUGAAGGGUCUGAAUUUAACGGUUAAUGUUGGUCAGACUGUGGCAUUGUGUGGAUCCAGUGGAUGUGGAAAGAGUACUACUGUACAUUUAUUACAACGAUUUUAUGAUACUGCUAGUGGCAGUAUUAAAAUUGAUGGGCAAGACAUCAAAAAUAUAAAUAUCAGUUGGUUGCGUAAGCAUAUUGGAGUUGUCAGUCAAGAACCUGUCCUGUUUGCUACAACCAUUGCUGAGAAUAUUCGUUAUGGAAAAGAAGACGUAACACAAGCAGCGAUUGAGAAAGCAUGUAAAGAAUCAAAUGCACAUGACUUUAUAUCAGCCUUGCCUGAAGGUUAUAACACACUUGUUGGAUCUCGUGGUGCUCAGUUAUCAGGUGGUCAAAAGCAGAGAGUAGCCAUUGCUAGGGCUUUAGUGAGAGAUCCAAAAAUAUUAUUACUGGAUGAAGCUACAUCAGCAUUAGAUACAGAGAGUGAAGCUACAGUGCAAGCUGCUUUGGAUAAGGCAAGUGAAGGAAGAACAACAAUAGUGAUUGCACAUAGAUUAUCAACUAUCAGAAAUGCUGAUAAAAUCUGUUCUGUACAAAAUGGUGUUAUUGUCGAAGAAGGAACUCAUGAUGAACUCAUGGCUGCUGAAGGGUUAUAUUAUGAAUUGGUAAUGAUGCAAACCAAACAAAAAGAUGAAGAUGUCAGUGAUGGUAAGUACAUCAGUUUAGUAAAAUUAUAG